GAUCUAUUUCCAUUCGCUGUGCCAUUAAUAGAUCUUCGAAAGCUAGGGGAUCGAGCAAUUGUGACUCCACUAUAUCUAUAGCUUAAUUCCCAUUGAGAAAGGCGACCGAUCAUGAAAGUGACGAAGGAGAAUUUCAUAAGCGGACCGUCAUCAUCAUCAAGGCCAAUCCAUGUGUAUUUAAGUUUCAUCGGAGACAAUGAAACUUGCAGAUUCACAGAUAGCCUUUGGGUUGCUCUUGAAAGUAAUGAUUUGAAUACCUUUUGGGAUGACAAGAAGCUUGACCCAGGUGACUACUCCAUCGUUCUUCCACGCCACUUCCUCAGAGCAAUUCGAAAAUCCAACAUCGCCAUUGUUGUCUUCUCCAAAAGCUAUGCUUCUUCUAUAUGGUGCCUCGAGGAGCUCUCAGAGAUUGCUGAACGCAUUCAUGAGCCACGGUAUACUGUUUUCCCCAUUUUCUAUGAUGUCGAUUCAUCUGAGGUUCAAAAGCAGAGUAAUUCUUUUGAAAAGGCUUUUGCUGAACAUGAACAAAGGUUUACAACAAAUUUACGCACGGUAUGCAAUUGGAGGUUAGCAAUAAAACAAGUGGCCAACCUCCCUGGUUGGCAUGUACAACGAGAGCCAGAGCCACAAGUUAUUGAUGACAUCAUUAAGGAGCUCAAGAGAAAAAUGCGUGAAUUAGUCUAUGCUGAUGUAGAUCUAGUAGGGAUGUAAUCUCGAGUGAGUGAAGUUGUAGAGCUUCUAGAUUUGGGUUCAAAUGAUGAAGUUCGAGUUGUGGGCAUCUGUGGUAUGGGUGGAAUAGGGAAGUCAGCUCUGGCAAGAGUUCUCUACGAAAGGAUAUCUCACCAUUUUGAUGCAUCUUAUUUGGUACUCAAUGCACAUGAAUUUUGUGAGACCAUAGGGCUAAGACAUCUCUUCAACAGAACUCUCAUG